AUCUGACGAUGAUGACAGUCAGCAGGGCGGGUCAUUCACACAGGACCAAGUGGACAAGGAGCGGUUCGCCAGGUUGGAGAGCCACUGUGAGAUUGAGCGACGCAGGAGGAACAAGAUGACGACCUACAUUAACGAGCUUUGCGACAUGGUCCCCACCUGUAGCACGUUGGCCAGGAAGCCAGACAAACUGACUAUCCUCAGAAUGGCAGUGUCCCACAUGAAAACGCUUCGAGGAACAGGCAACACCAAUUCUGACGGUUCCUACAAACCGUCCUUCCUCACCGACCAGGAACUCAAACACCUUAUAUUAGAGGCAGCAGAUGGUUUCCUGUUUGUGGUCCAAUGUGACACGGGGCGGAUAAUCUACGUGUCCGACUCCAUCACGCCUGUACUGCAUCAGUCACAGGUACAGUAUAGAUGUGUCAAAAUUGUUUAUCUCCCUCAUAGACAGCAAAGCAUUGCCUAUGUGACGGUGUU